AUGGAAAAGAAUGUGCUUCCUUUGUUGUUGCAUGCACUGGCUCUGCUGCUAUGCACCAGGGCUGCAAUGUGCGCACCACGCUGCGGAGACUGUGGCCGCAUUCCUGUGCCUUACCCCCUCAGCACUGGACCUGGGUGCGGUGACCAGUCCUACAAGGUCCGGUGCAAUGCAGGCACGCUGUGGUUUGAUGCCCUCAGCCAAUCCUCCUAUGUUAUCACGUCAAUCAACCCGGGAACUCGACGGAUGAUCGUCAAACCAGCAAGCCUCCUUGCAAACACUUGCAUCACAACCGAUAUCCAAGUUGGGGGUCUCCAGCUUGACCGCAUCUCACCCUACAACAUACCUAGCAGCAACACGAUCAUGCUGAUGAACUGUUCAAAUGCAGUGCUGAAUUCAUCUGUUAAUUGCUCGCCAAACAGUAUCUGUCAUGCCUAUAUCAGAGAGAAUGUGGUGGCGGCUGCGUGUAGGAGUACGGCAAAAUGCUGUUGGUUCAAGGCUGGGGGCCCAGUGAACGCGUAUAAGAUCGGUGUUCGUGAUGAGGGGUGCAUGGCGUAUCAGAGUUUUGUAAAUUUGGCCACUUCAUUACCAGUGAAGAGGUGGCCAGAGCCCGGGCUGGAGAUAGAGUGGGCGUUACCACAAGAGCCAAUUUGCAAAAUCCCAAAAGAUUGCUCGACCUUGUUGAAUUCUAUGUGUUUGCCAGAUGGGGCAAUCCUUGGACAGAGGAGGUGCUUCUGCAAAGCCGGGUUCCAUUGGGGCCCCAUCAAUGGAUUGUGUCAAAAUUUGAAGUGUGAAAAAGCAAAAUCUUGCAAGCACAAAAAGAAGUCACGGACCCCACUCCUUGGAGGUGUGGCAGUGGUGGCUGCAAUCCUAAUCCUGGUCCCAGUUGGAAUUCUAGUCUGCAGGCAUCGUCAGAACCUUAAGAGAGAAGCCCAGGGGAGCUUAAUAAAAAAGCGAGAAGACAUGUUAAAUGCCAACAACAGUGGUAAAAUGGCCAAGAUCUUCAGUGGCAAGGAAAUAAAAAGGGCAACAAACAACUUCUCCAAAGACAAUUUCAUAGGCUCUGGUGGCUUCAGUGAGGUCUUCAAGGGCAUCCUUGACGACGGGACAGUGACCGCCGUCAAGCGCGCCAAGCUCGGAAACACCAAAGGCACUGAUCAAGUUCUGAACGAGGUUCGAAUUCUUUGCCAAGUGAACCAUCGGUGCCUGGUUCGUCUUCUUGGCUGUUGUGUGGAGCUUGAACAACCUAUCAUGAUAUACGAGUACAUCCCCAACGGCACCCUCUUUGACCAUCUCCAUGGGCACCAUUCCAGAAAGUGGCCUGCACUCACCUGGCGCCGCCGCCUCUCUAUUGCCCUCCAGACUGCUGAAGGCCUUGCUUAUCUCCACUCGUCUGCCGUGCCACCCAUUUACCAUCGGGACGUUAAAUCAAGUAACAUUUUAUUAGAUGAAAAGCUUGACGCCAAGGUUUCUGACUUUGGGCUGUCGAGGCUGGCAGUUGUUUCAGAGGCGAAUGCGAGUCAUAUCACUACAUGUGCGCAAGGAACCUUAGGUUAUCUUGACCCUGAAUAUUAUCGCAACUUUCAACUUACUGACAAGAGUGAUGUUUAUAGCUUUGGGGUUGUGUUGUUGGAGCUGUUAACCUCCAAGAAAGCUAUUGAUUUUAACAGAGAGGAGGAAGAUGUGAACCUUGUGCUGUACAUUAAAAAGAUUAUGAAAGAAGAGAAGUUGAUGGAUGUCAUUGAUCCGGUGCUUAAAGACGGAGCUAGCAAGGUGGACAUGGAGAGUGUGAAGGCAUUGGGGUUGCUGGCAGCAGCAUGUUUGGACGAGCGAAGGCAGAGUCGGCCUUCAAUGAAAGAAGCUGCUGAGGAGAUUGAGUACAUCAUUAGCAUUAUUGAGGUUCCAAAGGAUUAA